AUGCAAAAUAUAAAAAAUAUAUACCUUAUUUUAUUUAGAAAGAAUUUGGACUUUUCGUGGCCAACCUACUCGAACAUAAACCACAUCAUCGCACAAGUGCUGUGUGCCCUCACCUGUCCCAUCCGAUUCCCCGGCAACCAGGGCAUGACCCUAAACGAUCUGCAAACCAAUCUGGUGCCCUAUCCCCGCAUCCACUUCCCCGUGGUCAGUUAUGCACCCCUAAUCACGCCAGAGAAGGCCUACCACGAGGAGCUCUCGACAGCCAAGAUCACUGCGGCUGCCUUCCAGAAAAAUAAUCAGCUGGUUGACGUCGACCUGCGAGCCGGCCGCCUCUCGCUGCAGCCGCCCAGGGUGUUGCCCAGGGGCGAUUUGACCAAACUGCAGAGAGCUGUCUGUGUGGCAUCCAACACCACGGCGAUCCGAACUGCCUGGAAGAAACUCAAUGCCAAUUUUGAUCUCCUCUUCGCUAAGCGGGCCUUUGUACACUGGUACCUCGACGAGAGACUCGAUUAUGAUGAAUUUGUAGACGCGAGGGAGAAUUUAGCUGCGCUGGUAGAGGACUAUGAGGAAGUGCAUAAUGAUACGUCGGAAGACGCUGUGGAGACCGUUUACCUGUAA